AUGUCCAACCAACUUAUCAACGAGCUGACCUAUGGCAGUCUCAAGAGACUCGCACUCUAUCUUUCCCUCCCAGCAGACGACAGCAUCGCUCGUCCCUCUCAAAAAUGGCUCGAGGAGCAAGAGACACGGCUGCGCGAUUUGCCGAGCGUCUUGCUCCGUCCGAAGUCCGACUCUCUGAACAUGAUGGACUUGGUGACGCGAGGCCUGAUGAAGGUGAGCGUAAAGCAGUCGCUCCCCUUCGUUCCCGACGCGGCGGUGCUCUGUACAGCGCACAAGUCUCUGAACCCCUGGCGUGUUCGCGCUCUCUUUGAACUGCUUGUCUCCGAGGUGACGGACAAGUUCGAACGCCUGCGCCGGAUCAUGAGGAACAACUCCGACCUCGCCAAGGACCCCUCUUUCCAAGAACUGGUCUGCCGUAUCACCAGCAUUCAGGCUCUGUGGAUGGACCGCCAAUUCUUCGAGCAGUUGUACAAAUACCCUCCCGUGAUGAUGGAGAAGGUGGAAUCGCAGUGCGAGGCGUGUAUAUGUGCCGUCGUCGGCGGGGAUACCCGUUUGCUUGUCGACCUCCGCGCUCAUUUGCUUUCCCGUGCCGAAAACGCUACCCCCAUCUUUCUCAAGGUCGUGGACGCAUGGAUAGACGCUUUUGAGCAGAAAGCCGGUGAUCAAAUAGUUGUUGAUCUCAAAGUCAAGAGCGCGGUGUUGGCCGAGGACCUUCGGCGGAUCCGCCACGAGAUCGGUGUCAGACGCCAUCAGAGACGAGAGGCAUAUCGACAGGCCGGGAAGAGCGUCCCGUAUUCCAAGGCAAAGCACAAGGACGAUUCAAAUGUGCCGCUUCCACCCAAGAGUGCUUGGGCCCCGAAAUCUGGAAACUCAUCAUCGACACCCUCCGACACGAUCGCCAGCACUCGUUUUGGCCAGCACGUCCCAAACACAUCGAACCAGCGCCCUAUGAGCCCCUCCUCAUGCAUACCCGAAACGCCCAGCAGCAGACAUACGAAUCCCUUCGAUGACGAACACGAACACCAUACAGAUGAUCGCUACAAUACAGAUGAUGGUGCUGAUGAUGCUAACGUAGGGACCCCGGCCUGGACGGAGCAGAUGAACAGCUUUUAUGAGCGUCAGGCCGCGCUGAGCAGCGGCCAGGGUUUCGACAGCGCCUCGGUGCACCCUGCCUUCCGCAUAUCGGGCGCUCCCUCCAGGACUCAGCACGUCGACUGCCAGGGACGCUCCGCGAAGAGAGUCCACGCCAAGUCGAAGCCAGCGCAGGCGCCCAGCGGAGCCGCGCCCCGAACCCGCCAGCUCAUCGAGAACCCAGCCCGCCGAAUCCGAAACCGCCAGUUCCAGGCCGUCAUCCAGAUCUCGUCCGAGCAGCACGCCUCGCCGAGAAGAGCAAUCCAGGCCGUCAUCCAGAUCUCGCCCGAGCAGCGCGCCUCGCAAAGAAGAGCAAUCCAGGCUCAGCGCCGUCCGCAUCGAGACCCUCGGCGGCGACCUCCGCCCCCAGCCGCCCCCAUCCACUGCCCCCUCCAGCUCCUCCAUCCCGCCGUCAAUGGCCCAUCGAGAAUCCCGCGCCCGCUCGCAGCUCCAAGAGCUAGCGGCGGCCAGCGGCGGCUCCAACGACGUCCACCGCCAAAACAGCAGCAGCAGCAGAAACAGGCCGGCAACUCCCGCGCAAGCGAUGCAGUGAGUUCUCCCCCUCCCCGUCCCGUGAAUAAUCCCGUGACACGUGAACCCACAACAGCAGCAGCAGCAGCAGCAGCAGCAGCAGCCAACAGCAGGCCUUCGACGGCACCGGCUGCUGGUAGGACUCGGCCUCAGGAGGAUGUGAGCGAGGCCGCCGCCACGGCGCGAGAUGCGUGGCAGACGAGGUUUGCUGCCCUGAGCUUGAACGACUCCGGUCGUCGCGAGCAGCCGGGUACCGCCCUCGACAAGAGAACCAGAAAGUACGAGCAGCAGCAGCAGUAG